AUGGGAGCUUAUCGGUUUGGAUUAUAUCACCGAAUCGAUGCCAUACUCUUUGAUCGGGUGUUAGAGGUCGGGCGUGUAUCUUGUCUUGGAAAAGCUGGAGCUCCAAGUCUACUAGAGAGCCAUGAAGAAACUUUAUAUCAUCCAGAAGCUGACUACUCCAGUGCGAGCUCACUAGCUGAAGCUUGA